CGCCCUGUUCGCAAGAUCGCCUUGCAGUCGCCAGGGGUCCUAAGCAAAUCUCUAAUGGAGUCCCGCAAUGUUCGUUUCCCCGGGCACGAGUUUUUCCGACUCUUGCUGGGAACAAUUAAUCUCCGAGGACAUCAAACGAUUUUGGACAGCUGCAGUAAAACGGAGCAUACCUAUAGUCAGCUGCUAUCCGACGUGUUGCGAUGUAGAGAGAGGCUCAUUGCCGCGAUUCCUGCCAUCUACCUGAACCAGGAUGGCCACGUCAAUGAGGAAAACCUCACCAUCUGUUCGAUGCUCCCUUCGGACUAUAGGGCACUUGUGGCCUUCUUUGCGAUAACAUCAAUCGGGGCAGUCGCUCUUCCAAUCGUCUCAGAUUCUCUUCCCGAAGAGAUACUUCACUUUCACGAGCGCUUUCAUGCGCUUUGCAUAUUGCAUGCUAAGGAAGACGUGAAUCUGGAGGACAAACUUGAAAAAUAUUGUAUAGACACCGGAAAACCAGUGCCGAAAAGGGCAUCUUUCCCGGACAUGAUUGGAGCGACGUCGCAUUUACAUCACGACAUCACCCUGAGCACUGCUUCUGCCAGCGAGCGCGCUGCUCUGAUCCUCCUUUCGUCUGGCACGACCGGUCCCCCGAAAGCUAUAGUGCACUCACUCAAGCUGUUCACAUCGAAUUUCACUGGUCUCGGCUCAGAUGAUGCAAUAUGCUUGUCUCAUCGGCCAUUGAAUCUUCCAUCGGCUCUGACGAAUGUGAUGAGGAAUAUCUUGAGAGGCGCUCCGAUAGAAUUGCUUUCGAACUCCAGUCCAGGUCCUAUAUGGGAACGACUCCGACAAAGCGGUGUCACAAACCUCACUGGUUCUUCAUCAUUUUGGUUCACAUUGACAGAAUAUUUUGAGCAGAUCAUUGCAUCUCUGCCACAGGAAGAGAUGCAGGCGUAUCUUGAAGCGGCAAGAAAUUUGAAGGUCGCAAUUACCAGCGGAGCCUCGCUUGUGCCUCGGGUUGAGAAUUUCUGGCGAAACGUCGUUCGACGACCUUUAAUACAGGUCUGGGGCUCCACCGAGAGUUCUAUCGCUCUCAGUUCACUUGCUGCGGGGGAAGACACGGCGACUAAUUUGAUCGGCCGACCAUUGCCGGGCGUGACGGUGAGGCUCUCCAAAGGAGAUUUCGGUGAAAUGCUCAUCAAGACACCUACAAUGUUCCAGGGGUACUGGGAGAAUGAUGCUGCAACUCGGGAUGCAUUCGAUGAGAGCGGGUUCUAUAGGACAGGCGACAUAGUUUCCAGACGAGGCGAUGACUACUUUAUUGAAGGCCGGGCGAAGACUGACAGUAAGUGCUGCCUGUUGAGACGAGUAGGGUCAUACGCUAAGAAACGCUCCGAAGUCAUCAGAGUUUCGGGCUCUAAAGUUCCGAUACCCGCUGUUGAAAGAGCACUGUUUCGAUUGGAGUAUGUUUUCGAAGCAUUUGUCGUGGCGGUCGCGGAUCCAGCCGUUGUGUCUCGCGUUGCGGUCCUGAUUCGUGCUCGCAAUCCUCAAAUGCAGCUAGACCUCGAAACGUUGCGCGAGGACCUCUCAGCACAUGUGCCGGCGUUCAUGUUACCCUCCAUAAUUCGAGUCUUGCGAGAGGGCGAAGAAGUGCCCCGAACAGCCUCCGGUAAAGUGAACCGGGCGAAGUUAGCGGAGAGUUUCUUCCCGCGGUCGGUGGAGUCGUCCAUGCGUGGGAUGUAUGAGAACGUGGAAAUUGGCCCUGCGACUAUAGAUUGGAAGUCGAGAGGCCCGCGUAAGAUGUGGGAUACCGGCGGAGUUGUGUCAAGUUCGAGCGGGCAAACAACAACGGCCAAUGCUGCGACGUGAACAGCCCGCUAAUUAGAUACCGACAUUUCUGUCUGGCCAGCACGAUUUGGAUAGUCAGGCGCCGUUUGCGCUGGACGGGAAUGACGCAUGCAGGUGCAGAUCAAAUUGUACAGAGCAACAAACGAGUUGCAGAUGAUGUCGAUGUGUUCCACCUCAGAUCGGCGCACGUCGACCAUAAGUGCAAAAGUUUUGGAACGGGAUGGGAGAGAUUCCUAGAGCAAGAAAGGCCUAGCCGUAUCCGCCUUGUAGUUGCGGUGUACCAUGGUAGAUAAAUACAGUGUACGGCAACUGCGCGCCGGGUGGUUGUUGGAGAUACUAAAGGAACCUCAAGAAUACAGUGGGGCGACCAGUGCGGCCGCAAUCCCCGGACCUUGGAUAUGUAUAUUUU